AUAACAUCAAAUAACCAUAAAUACCAUUUAAGUAUUAAACAAUUCUAGCAAUAAAAAAAUGAAGUUAUAAAAAGUGGGCUACCAUUAUUUUCCAACAAAAGAAGUGAAAAAAAAAAGAGGCUGGGGGGUUUAAAAAAAAAGAGGGUAGAGAAGAGCAGUUGAGAGUGCAGAGCAGAAGGUAGCAGAGGAGUGGUUGUUUUAGGAUUCCUGGGUUUGGGAAUAGCUGAAGGACAGAGACGAAAGGCUGCAAAAGAGACCGAGAUCCAAACAUGGCAAAGGCUUAGGAACCGACGAUCCGUAUAGACAUAUAUUCACCAUACCCUUCUUUAAUUACCUCUUCUCUCUCUCCUUCUCUCUCAAACUUGCUUUGCCGUACAAUACCAAUCUCACAAAAACAAGGGUGAAAGAGUUUGAUAUGUUAGGUACUGAUUUGACCUUGUACUGUUGCAUGGAAAGAUAUGUGGAGUUUGAGUCCGGAGCUACACCGAAGAAGAUUGUGAUAAACCCAGUCUAAUCAUAGAAAGAAAGAAAGAAAAUCGGCAAAAUAUACUGUCAAUAAUUUAUUUCAGCAAUACCACAAGUUUCAGAGCCAGCUCUCUUUUUCCUUCUACUUUCUAGUUAGUUAAUAACUUAUUUUCUUCCCUCGUUCUAAAGGGUUUUACUUUGAGCUUUAAUCUUGUUAAUGGAGUGGAAGAGAAACAGAAUAAUAAUAAUAAGGUUCAGUAUUAGUACUAAACCUUCUCUAUUUUACUAUGUUCCCAUCUUCCUCUUCACUAUUUCAGCACUGUUCUACAGUUCUAUCAGCUUCACAACUACAUGCCCAGAUGGCAGGUGUUCGAUGUCUGCCAAAGCUGAUCAUACGUAUUUUCAGGGAUCGGAGAAACCACCAGAGAAAAUGGUAACGCCGCCACCGUUAAUGAAGACGGCUCCGAGAUACUUAAGCGGAAUUGGGUCGUCGCCGCCCCGGUGUUUGUGGAAAUGCGGCAACUGUAGGCCGUGUAAACCAGUCCACGUGCCUGUGCCGCCGGGGAAUCCGGUGACGGCUGAGUACUACCCGGAAGCAUGGAGGUGCAAAUGUGGCAACAAGUUAUACAUGCCUUGAAAAUAUAUAUAACUUUGUUUUGCUAUAAUCAAACUAUAACUUAAAAUAUUAAAGAAAAAAAAAAAGGUUAUAUAUAUAUAAAUGUUUUUCCUAUUAUUAUUGCUAGCUAAUUAGCUACUUUUGUCUUUCUUCAGUGGUGUGAUAUUUUCUAGUUAUAUGGAAUAUGGAUUGUAUAACAUGGAUUGUCCCUAGGUUCUUAGUUAUAUAUAUAUAUAUAUAUAUAUAUAACAGAUGAUCAAGUAUAUAGGACUUUAGUUUGUAUGUUAUAAUAGAAUUAAUUAAGGUAUACAUUCAUGAUCUUUAAGAAUAUCGUGUAUCUAAUUAUUAUAGACCUUGU